CUCUUGAACCCAGAAACAAAUCCCUACUAUUAUCUAAAUAAAACAGCCCCUUUUUGCACUUUGAUUGCUGUAGAAAUCCUUGUACAAAAACUAUUGUUUUGUUGCUUUCCAAAGGACGGUUCAAUGGUUGAUCUUGCUAGUGCAAAAGCAAGAUCAACAAGGUGCUUCAUUAUAUCCUACGGGCAUUUUGGGUUACUCCUUUUUCACACCAGAUCUGGUGGGGGCAAAAUUAGCCUAAAGGAAAGUGGCAUUUGCAACACGCCUUGAAGCCAUUUGCAGAUUUUCUACCCUAUUUAUUCAACAAUCUUUAGGCUAAUUUUUCUGUUAUGCAAUUAUGGCUGCAACUUUGCGUGAGAUGGCUACUAAUUUCCAGAAGUUAGAUCGCUUUGAUGGGGGCAACUUUAUUCGAUGGCAACGCAAGAUGCACAUCUUUCUCACAACUCUCAACAUCGUUUAUGUUCUCACUGAUGCUCGACCAGAGGAAAAUGAGAAUGAAACUUUGCAAGAUACAAGGAAAAGGAAAAAGUGGGAGAAUGAUGAUUAUGUCUGCAGGUGCUGCAUCUUAAAUGUUGUGUCUUCAAUAAUUGAUAAACUUCCUCAUGCAUGGAAAGAUUUCAAGAGAACAUUAAAACACAAAAAGGAAGAUAUUUCUCUUGAAAAUCUUGCUAACUCUUUGAGACUUGAAGAGAAAUAUAGAGUAGAAAAUGAAAAGGAGCAGAAAGUGCAAGUCUCAGAUGUGCAUGUAUUGGAGGAAGGAACUUCAAGCAAGCCCAAAAAGCCUUUCAAGAAGAAGGAGUAUUCUGUCAAGCAAAAUCAGAAAUUUAAGAAGCAAAAGGGUGCAUGUUUCCAUUGUGGAAAAAUUGGACACUUCAAAAGGGAGUGUUAUUUUCUCAAGAAAAGGAAUGCACCAGCAUUAUCACAUGAAAAAUUCAUUACUGUGAUUUCUGAAAUUAAUCUCAUGAAAGAUGACACUGCUUGGUGGAUAGAUUCUGGUGCUACAAAGCAUGUUUGUAGGGACAAAAGUCUAUUCAAGACUUUAAAACCAGAACCUGAAGGAAAUGUGCUGUAUGUGGGAAAUUCUGCAACAGUACAAGUGAAAGGCAAAGGAACCGUGGACCUUGAGUUCACUUCUGGAAAAAUUCUCACUCUCACUGAUGCAUACCGGUUUAUGGUCAUUGAACCAAAUGAUUCAAUUAAUGUCAAUAUCAUAAUUGAAUCAAGAGAUGCUAUCUUUGAAGAGAGCAGAUUUAAUUCAAUUCCUAGGCCUAACGAAGCAAUUGCUGAAAGUUUAGAACAAAGAAUAGAAGACAACUUGAAAGAAAACAAGUUGGAAGAAAAUAUUGAAGUUAGAAGAAGCAAAAGAGCUAGAAAAGCAAGAACAUAUGGUCCAGAAUUUUACAUGUUUCUUAUUGAAGGAACAAGAGAAAAGACAAGAAAAGCAACUAAAUUUUGUUAUAAUAUAGAAGCUGAUCCUGUGACAUUUGAAGAAGCAAUUAAGUCACAAGAUUCAGCUUUUUGGAAGGAAGCCAUAGAUGAGGAAAUGAGUUCCAUAAUGGGGAAUAACACAUGGAUUUUAGUGGAUCUUCCACCAAGUUGCAAACCUAUAGGUUGCAAAUGGAUUUUCAAAAAGAAAUUGAAAGUUGAUGGCACAAUAGACAAAUUCAAGGCAAGAUUAGUGGCAAAAGGCUAUUCACAAAAGCAUGGUAUAGAUUAUUUUGAUACCUAUGCUUCGGUAGCAAGGAUUGCCACUAUAAGAGUAUUAAUUGCUUUGGCAUCAAUUUACACAUUGGUAAUUCACCAAAUGGAUGUUAAAACAACAUUUUUAAAUGGUGAAUUAGAUGAAGAAGUAUACAUGGAGCAACUAGAAGGGUUUGUGAUGCCUGGUCAAGAAAAGAAAGUUUGCAAGCUUAUAAAAUCCUUGUAUGGACUUAAGCAAGCCCCUAAACAAUGGCAUCAAAAAUUUGAUGAAGUGGUGCUUGCUAAUGGCUUCAAAUUAAAUGAAGCAGAUAAAUGUGUUUAUAGCAAGUUUAAAAAUGGACAAGGUGUUCUUAUAUGCCUAUAUGUAGAUGACAUGCUCAUCUUUGGUACCAACAUAGAACAAGUUGAAGAAACCAAAGGGUUCUUGUCUAGAAACUUUUCCAUGAAAGAUAUGGGUGCUGCUGACGUGAUUUUGGGGAUAAAAAUUCAUAGAGAUGGUGAUAAUUUAAUCCUUUCUCAGUCCCAUUAUAUAGAAAAAGUCUUGAAGAAAUUUAAUUUUUAUGAUUGUGCAAUUGUUUCUACACCUUUUGAUCCUAAUGUAAGGUUAACAUCUAAUGAUGGAAAGCCAAUUGCACAAUUAGAAUAUUCAAGAGUGAUUGGAUGCUUGAUGUAUGCAAUGAUUUGUACAAGACCAGAUAUAGCAUAUGCUGUUGGGAAACUUAGUAGAUACACAAGCUUUACGGAUGCUAGUUGGAUCACGAAUCAUGAGGAUCAUAAAUCCACAACUGGAUGGAUUUUCAUGCCUGGUGGGGGUGCUGUUUCUUGGGGAUCCAAGAAGCAAACUUGCAUAACAGAUUCCACCAUGGUAGCUGAGUUUAUUGCCUUAAACUUUGCAUGUAAAGAAGGUGAAUGGUUGAAAGAUUUAUUAUAUGAAAUUCCUUUAUGGCCAAAGCCAAUGUCCCCGAUCUCAAUACAUUGUGAUAAUGAGGCUACAUUAGCAAAAGCUUAUAGCCAAGACAAUUCAGUGGUUGAUCUUGCUAGUGCAAAAGCAAGAUCAACAAGGCGCUUCAUUGUAUCCUACGAGCAUUUCGGCUUGGAAAAGCUAGUAGCUGAACACCGAGGUGCUCCACCCCCACACCAUGCUGCUGAUUCUAUACCUCACCCACUGAAUACCAACAUCACACUGGAACCUUAUCUUGUUGGCUUCAAAAUACCACAACUGGAGACUUAUGGUGGGACAAAGGAUCCCGAUGAUCACCUGCAUGCUUUCUACUCUUGCAUGCAAGCUCAGAACGCCUCUGACGCGUUGAUGUGUAAAAUCUUCCCCUCUACUCUGCGAGGUAAUGCUCGAACUUGGUAUUACAGUUUACCUCCGAGGGACGGAGAGUCUCUGAAGAACUACAUGAGCAGGUUCAAUGAUGCGGUGUUGGAGGUUAGUUCCUUCGACCAAGCUGUGGGCAUUGCAGCUGUGAUCUCCGGUCUUAAACAUGAUAGGUUCAGAGACAGUUUGAUCGAACACACUGCCAUCACCUUUAGCGAGGUGAAUGAUAGGUCUUUGAAAUUUAUAACUGCUGAGGAAUACGCCCUGGCGCAAAACCCACCUCCCUCUAAGAACCAGAACCCAGAGUGGAGAUAUGACAAUCCGAGCCGGAAAAGGAUGAGGAUGGCGCAGAACCGAGGUAAACCCCCAGUUACUUGGACUUCUUUUAAUCUGCCGAGAUCACAGAUUUUCAUGCAGAUUAAGAACAAAAUGGAUUUAAGGCGUCCUGGCCCAAUGCGAACUGCUGCUGCUAGCCGAGACCAUACCAGAUAUUGUGAUUUUCAUGAAGAUCACGGCCAUACUACAGAGCAGUGCAACAGCUUAAAGUCCGAACUGGAAAGUCUAGCUCAGAAGGGAAUGCUGAAUGAGUAUGUUCAGAAAGCUGAACAACCGAGGUUUGUCAAAGAACAGAGGCCACAGCCUCAAGGAGUCCGCAAUCCCCCAAACAGGCAAGGUGUGGGAUAUCAACAAGCCCCACCUCUGCUCCCACCACCAGCUAGAAUCAUACACAUGAUUACGGAAGGCCUUGAAGCAGCCCAGAAGCGGAAGAUUGACGAUGCUGAGUGGAAGAAUCAACCCAUUACUUUCACAUAUGCUGACCUCGACACAGUUGUUACACCCCACAAUGAUUCUCUGGUCACUUUUGUCAUGAUUAACAAUUGUGAAGUACAGCGUGUCCUUGUCGACACCGGGAAUGCACUAGACAUCAUGUACUUCCACUGUUUCGAGAGUCUUGGACUGGAUCCAGCAUUGUUGCAGAAAUAUGAUGGUUCUAUCUAUGGUUUCAACAACCAGCCUGUUCCGGUAGAAGGAGUUCUUACCCUCCAUGUGGCUUUUGGCAGUGGUCGGACCUAUGUAGCCCCUCCAGUCCGGUUCCUCGUCGUCAAGAUGGCGUCCUCUUUCAACAUUGUUAUUGGCCGACCCACAUUGACUGAAAUCCGAGCUGUGGUUUCCCAAUCUCACCUCUGCAUGAAGUUCCCCACUCCUAUGGGAAUAGCAACACUGCGAGGAAACCAAGAGAUGGCCAGACAUUGUUAUAUCACCUCGGUAACACAACCUACGAAGGGCAAAGAUCAGACACCAGAGGCAUUCCUCAACGAAUUUCUGAUAAUCAGCAAUGUACUGCACGGAGCAGAGCUGAGGUAUCCUAUAGCUGAGAAAGCAGCAUUAGCAGUUGUCACUUCGGCCAGGAAGUUGAGGCCAUACUUCCAGUCACACCCAAUUAUCGUUCUCACGGAUCAACCUCUCAGGCAGAUUCUGCAGAAACCUGAGUGCUCUGGAAGAUUAAUUAAGUGGGCAGUAGAACUGGGGGAGUUUGAGAUAACGUUUCAGCAAAGAUCUGCAAUCCGAGCUCAAGCACUAGCAGAUUUCAUUGUUGAAUGCACCCCAUGUCCUUCAAUCCCUAAUCCAGAGCCCAACAACUGGACCUUAUAUGUUGACGGGGCAUCUAGUAGCAAGGGUUCAGGAGCUGGCGCUCUCUUGAUUGGUCCAGAGGGAUACCGAAGCGAACAUGCCCUGAAGUUCAAUUUUGAUGCAACAAAUAACAUGGCUAAGUAUGAAGCUCUACUACUUGGUCUACAGCUAGCAUUGGAGUUGAAAAUUAGUGCAAUUCAAGUAUACAGUGACUCCCAGUUGGUGGUGAACCAAAUCAACUCAAUCUGCGAAGUCGUUGAUCCUGUGAUGCUCUUUAAGUUCCAGAUCCGUUUUGUGGAGGUCUUAGAUGAACCAAGCUUCAUGAAGCCUCGGAUGAUGGAGAUUAGCACAAACCCUGACACGCCGAGCUGGACUGACUCAAUUAUCUCCUUUUUGCAAGAUGGGAUAGUACCUGAGGACAGGCAGGAGGCAACGAAGUUGAGGAAGAAAGCAUCUCGGUAUACACUUGUUGAUGGGGUCCUCUAUAAGAGAUCUUUCUCACUCCCUCUUCUACGGUGUUUAAACCCUUAUGAAGCCGAGUAUGCACUUCGGGAGGUACAUGAAGGUGUCUGCGGGAGCCAUGUUGGUGCUAGAACUCUGGCUCACAAAGUCUUAAGGCAAGGAUAUUACUGGCCAAACAUGUACAAAGAUGCCACUUACUUUGUUCAGAAAUGCCCAAAAUGCCCAUUCGUGAAAAGGGUUGGUGGUGUAACCCAUCUGGUUGUUGGUGUGGAUUAUUUCACAAAGUGGGUUGAAGCUCGGCCUUUAUCUAGUCUUACUUCCAAGAAGGUCGAAGACUUUGUUUUCAGCUCGAUCAUCUGCAGAUAUGGGAUCCCGAAUCAGAUUGUGGCUGAUAAUGGAACUCAAUUCAAUUGCUCCUCAUUCCAAGAUUUCUGUUCCAGUUAUGGGAUCAAGUUACAGUUCACCUCCGUUUACCAUCCAGAGUCCAAUGGCAUGGUUGAAUUUGUUAACAAAUGCAUUUUAGAAGGUGAAACACCCUAUCAUCUUGCCUUUGGUACCGAAGCAGUUAUUCCUAUUGAAAUAGGAGUCCCAAGCUUCCGGGUCACCCAUUUCAAUGAAGGACGAAAUGGACAGCUGCUUCGGGAAAACCUUGAUCUGCUUGCUGAAGUCAGAGAAGAAGCUCGGCUUCGGACUCUUGGUUUGAAACUCGUUUUGGUAAACUCGCCCCGAAUUGGGAAGGCCCUUAUACCGUGGCCGAGGUACCACAUCCUGGUGCCUAUGUCCUCCAAGACGCUGAAGGAAAGAGAGUUCCUAGAGUCUGGAAUGUCAAUAACUUGAAGAAAUUUUACCCCUAAUAAAAUUCUUUCAAGUGAUCUAUGUCUUACUGUUCUUUACACUUCUCACUUUGUGUUUGUUGAGAUUCAUUUUACCUCUUAUUCUAUGUAUCUGAGGUCAAUCAGUUCAUUCAUUCCUUGAACCUCACUUCUGUUAAUAAAUGUCACUUCACAUA